AUGCGUAUUGAUUAUACAACAUUAACACCGCGUUUUUCAGUAACUAAUAAUGAUAAUCUUAAUGAUGGUAUAACUCAUUUAAAUGAACAUGGUUAUGUUAUUUUUAGAGAUGUUAUGCUUCAAGAUGAAAUUAAUAUGAAUAAAGAAUUAUUAUGGAAUUUUCUAGAGAACAUUCCUGGACGUCAUAUUCAACGUAAUGAUCCGACAACAUGGUCGAAUAACUGGCCUGGUAAUACUCAAUUUGGUAUUAUAAAUGAAUGUGGUAUUGGUCAAUCUGAUUUUAUGUGGACUAUUCGUUCAAAUCGAAAUAUAAAACGAGUUUAUUCUCAUAUAUGGAAUACAAAUGAAUUAUUAGUUUCAUUUGACGGUUGUGGAAUUUUUCGUAAUUGGUAUUAUGAACCAAAAUGGAAAACAACUAUGGGCUGGUAUCAUGUUGAUCAAAAUCCUAUUUUAAAACCUAAUCGAUGUUGUAUACAAGGUUUUAUUGCAUUAACCAAUCAUAAUGAAACAACAGGCGGUCUUAUUGUUUUUCCAUAUACACAUUUACGUUUUAAUGAAUUAAAUGAUCUUGCACAUCGUCCAAAAGAUUUUGUUGCAAUUCCAAGUUCUCAUUCAAUUUUAGAUCGAGGAAAUGCUAUAGGAAAAUUUAUUCAUUGUCAAUCUGGUGAUCUUGUUCUCUGGGAUUCUCGUCUUGUACAUUGUAAUUCUUGUGCAUUUGUUUCUGAUAAAGGAUUAAAAAAUCAAUCAAUUGAUUUCUUACGGAUUGUCGCCUAUGUUAGUAUGAGUCCAACAACAUUUGUGAGUAAUCAAACAUUGGAUCAGUUUCGAAAAAAAAGAAAAUUAUUGGCACAAAAUAAUUGUACAUUAACACAUUGGAGUACUGAGUUAGCAGAAGCAAGUUCUACUUUCAAUUUACCUAAAAAAUCAUUAGAAAAACUUGAUGCAUAUCAACGUGCACUUAUUAUUGGAACUAAUGUUGACGAUGAAUAA